AGCUGGGCUCCUCACAUACUCUCACACAAGCUGUGAAGAGUUUGUCUUCCUCUUCUGCCCCAACAAACUGGGUCCUCCAGCCAAGUCCUGGGUCGAGAAAGAGAGAUAGAGAGAGAGAGAGAGAGAGAGAGUUGGGGGAGACAGAAAGAGAUAAAGAGACAGAUUAAGAGUGUGACAGAGAGAAAGAAAAGGCCGGCAUCAUGACAGAGACCAGCAUGAAGAUCAGGCUGCCCGUGGCCUGCUUCAUCAUGCAGAUCAUCCUCAUCAUCAUCUUCGGCGUAUUGGUGGAAUAUGACGAUGGAACUGACGCCAGGAAAUUCCACGAGUUGCAGAAGACUAAUGGCACAACCGACAUUGAGAACGAAUUCUACUUCCGCUACCCCAGCUUCCAGGACGUGCACGUGAUGAUCUUCGUGGGCUUCGGCUUCCUCAUGACCUUCCUGAAGCGCUACGGCUUCAGCAGCGUGGGCUUCAACUUCCUGAUCGCCGCGCUGGCCCUCCAGUGGGCCACGCUCAUGCAGGGCUUCUUCCACGGCAUGCACCACGGCAAGAUCCACAUCGGAGUGGAGAGCAUGAUCAACGCUGACUUCUGCACAGGGGCGGUGCUCAUCUCAUUCGGAGCCGUGCUCGGCAAGACCAGCCCUGUCCAGCUGCUGGUCAUGGCUAUCAUCGAAGUCACUCUGUUCGCCGUGAACGAGUUCAUUCUGCUCGGCCCUCUCGGAGCCAAAGAUGCCGGCGGCUCCAUGACCAUCCACACAUUCGGCGCUUAUUUUGGCCUGGUGGUGGCCCGCGUGCUUUACCGCCCGAACCUGGACAAGAGCAAGCACAAAAACGGCUCCGUCUACCACUCAGACCUGUUCGCUAUGAUUGGCACCAUCUACCUGUGGAUGUUCUGGCCCAGCUUCAACUCGGCCAUCACUGCCCACGGGGAUGACCAGCACAGGACGGCCAUGAACACCUACUACUCCCUGGCGUCCUGCACACUGGCCACCUACGGCAUGUCUGCCCUGGUGUGCCACGAGGGCAAGCUGGACAUGGUGCACAUUCAGAACGCUGCUCUUGCUGGAGGCGUGGCCGCGGGAACAGCUGGAGAGAUGAUGCUGACUCCUUUCGGCUCCAUGAUCGUUGGAUUCCUGGCUGGAGUCAUCUCUGUCCUGGGAUACAGGUUCCUUUCGCCCCUUAUGGAGUCCAAGCUGAAGAUCCAGGACACGUGUGGCGUCCACAACCUGCACGGCAUGCCGGGGGUGCUGGGAGCCAUCGUUGGGGCCAUCACCGCCUCUGUGGCCUCCAAAGAAGUCUAUGGGGAUGGGAUGGCAGAUGUGUUCCCUCUGAUCGCUAGUGGAGAUAUCGACGCCUCCACACAGGGAGUACGUCAGGCUGUCUCUCUGGCUGUGACUCUGGGCAUGGCACUUCUCGGAGGCCUGAUCACAGGGUUCAUUCUGAAACUGCCCAUUUAUGGAGCUCCACCUGACACUGCCUGUUAUGAGGAUGCACUGUACUGGGAGGUCCCUGGAGAGGAGGAAAGCCACGGAGAACUGACCACCGUCAGGACUGAGGAGGGAGAGAAGCUCAACGCUUAAACUCAGCUAUCUUAGAGGACAGCCCUGGCAUGAGAGAAAUAGAUAAAUAAACACACACACACACACACACACACACUCACACACACACACACACACACACACACACAUACUCCUAGAGAGAAUGAGAGCGAGAGAGAGAGAGAGAGAGAGAGACCAACAGACAGAGAGAGAGAGUGAGAGAAAAAAAUAACAAGGUGCAUUUUGAUGUGCCAAAGAUUAGCGGUUUGGGCGGCUGCAAAGGCUUCAUUUCAGUGGCAUGAUCACCUCAAGCCACAGGGGGCGCCAUAGGGCAGUGGCAAACAGACCUACAAUUUUGUGCUCAUGUAUGACUGGACCCACUGCCUUUUUGAAUCACUGCCUUAGUAUUUGAAAAAUAACCUAUUAUUCCUGUGUGUAUAUGGCCCCAGCUUUUAGGAAAUGAAUAUGAAUAUUUUUUCAUUAUUUACAUGGAUUUAUUACAUAUCUUUUUUGUAACAUCUUGGGUGUGCAUGAAUUAUGUGUGGCCUGUCUGCCAGUUUAUCUGUUACAACACCACUGGUGUGUUGGGUACUUCUAAUGUCCACUAGAUGUCGCUUCUGGUUACUUUUUUGUAAGGGGAGCUGUUCAACGAUUUUUUUUAAAGCAGUUCAAGCUUCAGGGAUCAGCCAAAUGUAAUUUAACACAAGCAUCCAACAUUGUGAGAGCAAUAAUGAACAUGCAGUUCAUUUUAAGAUGAUUAAGACCAUUUUCAUACAUAUUUGAAAUCCAUGAUUGUAUUUCAAGGAGUUACAUAUUAGUUUCUUUCUCCCCAAAGUCAAUGAUGUGUAGCCUAUGAAGCCUUUUUCCUUAUGUGUUCUUGAAGGCAAGUGGACCAUAAAAGUGAGGUCACAUGAAGAAACUGGGAGGUGGUGUUUGUCUUUUCUUUGUAGGACUGUAUUGUAUAUUUCCAAUAGUUCAUUAGGGCUACGUAAAGUGUUUUAUAAAGAUGUGCAGCUAUGCCUAUUGGCAUAUGGUUAUACAUGGGACCUAUUGGAAUCAGUUACAAAAUAAAGGGUCUAUGUAUGUUUUGGACAA